AUGACUCUCAAAGGAGACGAGAUACCAACGUCGACGCCCGCGGUGUCGUCACCGCCGGUCAAGCAUGUCCUGAUUUCUGGUGCCGCCCAAGGCAUAGGCCGCUGCCUGACCCGGCACUUCCUCCAAAAGGGCCACAAAGUCUUCAUCCUCGACUUCAACGAAGAAGAAAUCAAGCACACCGUCGAAGUCCACCUCAAAACAUACUUCGACGACAAGAAACUCAGCUAUACGCUGUGCAACCUCCGUAGCAUCCCCGACAUCCGACGCGCCGCCACCGAAGCCGCGAAAUUCUUCGGCGAGCGCAUCGACGUCCUCAUCAACAACGGCGGCAUCAGCAGCCCCUACUGGAAAGACGGCAAAGCGAUGGACGACUUCUCCACCUCCGACGAAUGGACGGCAUAUGUCGAAACCAACCUAACCGCCCCAUUCCACCUCAGCCAAGCCUGCCUCCCCUACAUGAAAGCCUCCAAGAACCGCGAGCUCCGCAAACAGCAACGCGAGGGCUCGAGCCCGUGCAUCAUCCACGUCUCCUCGUUCCGCAUGCUGCAAUCCGACCCGAAUCAGGAGGGCUACGCGUCCACGAAAUCCGGCCUGAUUGGCCUCACGCACAGUAUGGCGGUCAGCCUCUCGGAGUUCGCGAUCCGCGUCAACUUGAUCGCUCCGGGAAGGAUCAGGGUGGCGCACGAGAGUAAAGCGGGCGAUGAGCAGGGGUUGAAGUGGUCGAAUGAGGAGGACGAUGCGCAGAAGUUUGCGGCAAAUCGCGGUGGGAUGCCGGAGGAUAUUGCGGAUUGCGCGGAGUGGUUGAUUGGGGCUGGGUUUGUGACGGGGCAGAGCAUUACUGUUGAUGGAGGCGCGACUAUGCAGAAGCGGUGA